CCGAGAAUGGCAGGUCUUUUCUAACCACUAUAUUGAGUCGCGAAGAUGGAAACACUAGAGACAGACGACCUGGUCAAAGGUGACGCUCCCGUGCUUGUAGUUGGGGGUUGCGGAUUUCUUGGAUCACAUCUUGUCCUAGCUCUUCUUCAUUCUCCCAGCUAUUCGUCGGUGUCGAUUAUAAGCCGCACUAUACAGAACAAUCGACAUGCAGGAGCACUUUACUACGCCGGAGACAUCACAAAAGAAAACGAUGUCCGAUCACUGCUGGAUAGAAUCCGGCCUCGAGUUAUCUUCCACGCUGCAUCUCCAAGUCCGAAUGCAAACAAGAAGUCCCAGAACCAUACAAAUAUAGUGGGCACUGAAGUCCUGCUGAAAUGUGCUGCGGAAUCUCCAUUCGUGCAUGCUCUGGUAUACACCAGCUGCGACGAAGCCAUCGAAAUAGAUCUAAGCAACCACCUCCUCACAGAAGAGACAGCAAAACUUCACACAAAAAAGUCAAACGCAACACCGUACCAAAAGUCCAAAGCCCUCGCCGAACAAGCUGUCAUCAACGCGAACUCCUGGAGCCUCCGAACCCUCUGUCUCCGUCUGCCUCCCAUUUACGGCGGCGGCGAUCUCCAAGUCAUCCCCUCCCUCCUUGAGAUGAUGAACCAAGGGAAAUCCACCCUCCAAAUUGGGCCCAAUAAGAAACUCUUCGAGCACGUCUACAUCGACAAUGCAGUGCACGCGCACCUCCUCGCCGCCAAAGUCCUCCUCCUCAGCCUCGACGAGGGCUUUUCCAUCCGCGUCGACGGCGAGACCUUCUUCAUCACCGACGGCUGCCCCAUGCCCUGGUACGACUUCGCCCGCAAGGUCUGGUACGCGGCGGGCGACCGCACAGAGCCGGAGUGGACCCGCGUUGUCCCGAUGCACCUUGCGCUUGCGACAGCGAGUGUUAAUGAUUGGGUUAGUUGGACGGUCACGCUGGGGAGGCGGAGGCAGAGGUUUACCAGUGAGGGAAUGGCAAGGUUGGGGAGGGGUACGCACUUCUCGAUUGAGAAAGCGAGGGAGUGGUUGGGGUAUGAGCCGCUUGUUCCCGUGGAAGAAGGGAUCAGGAGAGCCGUUGAGAAGGCGUUAGAAGGCGCUGAUGAGGAUAGGUUGGUUUUGAGGCGGAAAAUGGCUUCUUGAUGUUUCGAGUGGGUUGGCAGUGUUGGUGAGAUGAUAAUAUGUCGUGCGACGGCCGAGAAAGGUUGAUGAAAGUAGACUGUGCUGUGGAACCU